GCCUACGUGGCAAAAACCCACUUCCUCACCCUACAACUCCUUUGUAGAAAACACUCUACUCUUAACUAGUGCCAACAAAAUCCAUGGCGUCACCAACACUCCUAACCCCAACCUCCAAACCAACACCUCUUCCUACCACCAGAUCCAAAAUCCUCAUCGUUGCCAACGCCAGUCCUUCACUGCAACAGCCGCGUCACGAACAGCCUCUUCGCCGCCACUUCUUGUCUUUAGCCACCACCGUCAUUGCUCCAACAUGGCUUUUCCCAGUGGGUUCAGCUCUUGCGGCAUUAGAUGAGGAGUACUUGAAGGAGACUGAAGAUGUGAUCAACAAGGUCAGAAGCACAAUCAACAUGGACAAGAACGACCCUAAUGUAGCUGCUGCGGUGGCUGAUCUAAGGGAGACAUCCAAUUCUUGGGUUGCCAAAUAUAGACGAGAGAAAGCUUUACUUGGCCGUGCUUCUUUUCGUGACAUUUACUCAGCACUGAAUGCUGUUUCUGGGCAUUAUAUUAGCUUUGGGCCAACGUCCCCCAUUCCGGCAAAACGAAGGGCAAGGAUUCUUGAGGAGAUGGACACGGCUGAGAAGGCAUUAUUGAGGGGCAGAUAAUUUUUAAUUUUUAAUUUUUAAUUUUCAAGUUGAUUUUUGUUUCAACCAUGCCAAUUUUAUUUUGUUGAAUCCGAGUUUACAUAACGACAUUACGAGGUAAUUGCCACAGAUUCAACAUUUAAGUAAUCAUUCCCUUAGAAAUUGGAAUUACAACGUAAUGUUGAGUCUGUGCCCAGUCCAUUGGGUCAGAAUAGAAAGCAUUUCAUUCCAUCAAAUGAUAAUGAUAUUUAAUUUUAUUAUUA